GACUUUUCGCCUGUGAGUUAAUCAGUUUUGUAGAUGAUUUGAACCGUUCGCGAAAAUUUUCUGGAGACCGCGCAGUGAGUGACUGGCGGAUUGCUUUCGAAGACCAGACCCGCUCACUUUUGAUUGAAAUGUCGCCGACAGUUGGCGAAUCUUCGAGCAAGAGUAUGACAUUUUCAUCGCCGCCGCGCACUACGAUAAGCCUGCCAAGACAAGGGCGUAUAUCCUCCUCAAUCUCGCAGGGCCGGAAGCCGUAGAUCGAGAGCGUUCAUUUGUCUAUGCAGCGGAGGAGCGUGCACCGGGCGAGAAUGGCGCGAUCUUGACUCCCGCUGAAUCGAGAGAAGAUCCAGAGUGCCUGAAGAGAAAAUUUCGUGAAAUAUGCAACCCUCAACAAAAUAAAACAAUGGAGAGGCACAAGAUUCACUCUAGAAACCAAAAACAAGGUGAGACUAUUGAGGCAUUCAUCACUGAUCUCAGAAUUAAAGCUAAAAGUUGACAAUUUGGAGAACUGACUGACGAGCUGAUCUGUGAUAGGAUAGCAUGUGGCAUCAACAGUGAAAGCUUAAGGAAAGUACUGUUGAGAGACCGCGAUCUAACUCCAACUAAAGCCAUCUCAAUUUGUUGCGUACAUGAAAUGACAGAGGAAAAUAACGUUGGCUAUACCUCAGACUACCACUAAUGUGGAUUCAAUACAGCCAGUUUCCAGCAGGAGGCGCCAACACACAAGACAUAAACAAAGAACGGAACAAUACAAUUCACUAACCAUAACCAAUUGUAGAAACUGUGGAAGCAAUCAUGCAGCAAAGAAAGAAAUGCCCAGCUUUCAGAGAAGUGUCAUAACUGCAAGAAAAUGAAUCAUUACAAGAAAUGUUGCAAAGCACGCAGUCAGUUUAGUCAGAAGAAAUUCAGUCACAGGAAAGCGGUACAUGAAUUCGAAAUAGACAAACCCCUUGACCAUGAUGACACUUUUUAUGUUGAUGGCAUCGAAUUUGACAAGUUUGUCAACACUGUUAACCCUCACAUGCCAGGGUUGGAGGAGGGAUUUGUCACUUUACACAUAAACAAAACUUCAAUUGAAGUGAAAGUUGACACCGGGGCAAAAUGUAAUGUAAUGUCACAAAUGACUUUUGAACAAAUUGCCAACAACGAACGGCCAGUGAAGCAAUCAAAGACACCUAACCUUGUAGCUUAUGGUGGAAGUAAAAUUGAAACAAAAGGCUUAGUCACAUUGCAGUGUGGCCUUAAUGGGCAAAAUCAUUUACUUCCAUUCUUCUUGGUAAAUCAAGAUGUCCAACCGCUGCUAGGAUUUCGUGCAUGCCUCGACAUGGGGAUCGUUACAAUCAGCCCAGAUGUGCAUCAUGUCAGUAUGGAGGGCAGCACUGAAGACAUUCCCACUGAGUACAAAGACUUGUUCACAGAUGAACUUGGAGAACUCCCGAUAACAUAUUCUAUGACAGUGGACCCCAGCAUACAGCCUGUAGUUCGCCCUGCUCAUCGCAUUCCUCUGGCAAUGCAAAGCCGUGUCAAAGGAGAGCUGGACCGCAUGGAGAGCCUUGGCAUCAUAACGACGAUCUCAGAGCCGACAGAUUGGGUCUCGUCCAUGGUGGUUACACAUAAAAAGGACAGACAAGAAAUCAGGCUGUGUAUCAACCCAAAAGAUUUCAACACUUCCUUAAAAAGACCACAUUACCCAAUGCGCAGCAUAGAGGAAGUGGCGUCCCAGAUGUUGGGAGCAACUGUAUUUUCAGUGCUGGACGCGAAGAACUCUUUCUGGCAGAUUCGCUUAGACCGCAAGUCCUCCAUGAUGACCACAUUCAGCACAUUCAGGCCUGAAAGCUGAUCCUUCCAAGACAAAAGCAAUCUCUGAGAUGCCAGCCCCCAAGGAUGUCCCUGCACUACAGCGCUUCCUUGGAUUGGUAAAUUAUCUGGGGAAAUUUAUACCAAACUUGAGCGACAUUGCCGCACCCCUCAGAUAGCUGACACACAAAGAGACUGCAUGGUGCUGGUAUCAGCAACACCAAAACGCAUUUGAAACCCUCAAGUCAUGUUUGUCCACCCCAACUGUCUUAGCAUACUAUGAUGUAAAGAAGCCGGUUACACUAACCUGUGAUGCCUCAUGUUUCGGGCUUGGUGCUGCUUGCAUGCAGGAGGGCAGACCAGUUGCGUAUGCGUCUCGCACACUCACAGACACAGAGACGCGGUAUGCUCAGAUAGAAAAGGAGCUGCUAGCUGUUUGCCUGUACUAAGUUCAGAGACUAUGUGUACGGAAAACCCACACUCGUUGAAACGGACCACCAGCCCCUGGUGACCAUUCUAAAGAAACCCAUCCACACAGCCCCUGCAAGACUACAAAUAAUGUUGCUCAGGUUACAGUGCUACGACAUCACUCUGGUGUACAAGAAGGGUAACCACAUGUAUCUCGCAGACACCCUAUCUCGAUCUCCAGACAUUGAAAAUGACACAUGUGAGGUCAUGUCUGUCAAUUACAUCUCGACUGCCCGACUGGAGGAACUCAGAAAGCAUACGGCAGAGGAUGAGGUGCUACAGGAUCUCAGCAUUGUGAUUCAACGAGGUUCGCCAACUAAAGAACAUAGCUUGUGCCCUGCUGUGCGUCCAUACUUUCCUUACAGAGAUGAGCUUGCUGUGGAAGAUGGAAUAGUGAUGAAAGGCCACAAAACAGUCAUUCCUCGCUCAUUACAGAGAGAAUACAUCUGUAUAGUCCACAGAGGUCAUCCUGGUCUGGAUGCUACCAAGCACAGAGCUAGAGGUAUAAUUUUCUGGCCAACGAUGAUGGCUGAUAUCACAGCAGAACUCCUAACGUGCUCAGUCUGUAACAGCACAAAGCCGCAUCAACCGAAAGAACCAUUAAAGCCAUACCCUGUUCCAGACUUGCCUUGGUCUACCGUGGCAACAGAUAUGUUUGAGUGGCGUGGCCAAAACUACCUGGUGCUUGUGGAUUCAUACUCGGGUUGGUAUGAGAUUGACCUCACAAUCACAGCCCCCAAACAUGCCCAGCAAGUCACCGCACAGCUCCGUCAUAAGAGGAUGACCCAAAAGCGGUACUACGAUGCCUCAGGUUGUCCACUGCAACCAUUGGCAGAGGGACAAGUUGUCAGAAUGCAAACCCCAAAAGGAUACGACCACCUUGGCACAGUAAAGGAGGUGAAUAAGGAGCCUUGGUCAUACACUAUCAAGUGCAAUGGGAGAACAUACAGGAGGAACCGACGCCACAUCCUUCCUGUUGCAGAGCCCCCUCCAUCACGGCUCAACCCGAGGACAUUGACUCUCAGAACACCACUACACAUACACAGGACUUUGCUCCCCCAACACCUUCCACAACCAGAAUCCACUCCUACUGACCUGCCAAAGCACAUUGCACAGUCUCCUACUAAGUUUGGAAGAGGAUGUCGAUGGCUCACGGGGGUGAAAGAGGAGCCUCAGGCAGCUCCAGAUCCAGGAGAGCUGCUUCCUGUCAGACGGCUGGUCAGGAGCUUUGGAGACCCGGUUCUGGUGACCACGAUCAGGAUCCGCUGCCAGACCCGACCCAGACACUGAGCCAGGAGAUAUCUGGAUAUUUAACACCUCUGCCGUCAGACUUUUCUGUUUUUGUGUCCACAGGUCAGGAUCACUGGAGGAGGAAGUGGCAGAGCGGCAGCCAGCAGAGCCCAGAUGAUGGACGUCCGUCCACUCCAUUUAAAAGACUUGUUAAACGCUCUCACAGAGCCUCCGGCCACUCCAGAUCCACUCAGACAGAUUCUUCACCGGGCAUCAUGUCCACAUCAUCUCUGUCCCUCUCUGAGGACAAUGUAGAGAGGCGGUCAUGCAGAGAGUUGAUGAGCCUCAGCAGCAGAGGCUCGUACAGCGUCAUAUGGAGGUGGAGUGGUGAUGGAUCAGAUCGCCCAAACCAACAGGGCAACCGGUGUUUGUCCAGGUCCGACAGCCUCGAAGAGUGGAUGUGCCCUCCGCUGCCGGGUCAAGUUCCUGUCGGGCCGUCAGAGACUUCAAAUGGCCGAACUGUUCAGGGUGCCGUGGAGGAGGCUUCUCCUGUGAACAAGAGCUCAACAGAAGAACCUACAGAAUGUCGGAAGAGGAAAGGAUUUGGUUCUGUCUUCCAGAGGCUUUGGAAGGCUUUGAAGAGUCCUUUCGGCUGCUGUUUCCACAGUAGUGCUGUGGAUGUUGUGGAGCCUUUUGUCCCUCCAGCAGAUCUGGAGCCAGAGCCUGAUCCUGAGCCGUCACCUGCUCCAGAUCACUCCGCCGUCAAGACAAAUAACGAGUCCUUUGAGUCUCUCUAUAACGUGGGACAGAUGAUUGGAUCUGGAGGAUUUGGCAGGGUGUACGAGGGAACACGCAGAUUUGACUCCAAAAAGGUUGCCAUCAAGCGGAUGCGCAAGACUGACAACAAUCGUUACCUUGAUAUUCCUGGGCAUCCCGAACCUCUCGUUACAGAAGUGGCGCUGCUGCUGAUGAUGAGGCGAGAACCCAUAAGCCCCUACAUCAUACAACUAUACGAGUGGUUUGAACAUCCUCGAAAAUUCACUCUGGUCAUGGAGUUCCCUGAACCCUGCGAGAGCUUGCUGGACUUCAUCGUUCGUCAUCCUCAACUGGACGAAACAACAGCGCGGGUCAUCAUGCGACAGGCUGUGCUGGCAGUACAACACUGCGUUGAGCAUGGUGUUUUUCAUAAUGACGUUCAUGCGCAGAACUUCCUGUUGAAGAAAAACACGUUAGAGCUCAAGCUGAUAGACUUUGGCUGCGGUCAGCUGUUGAGCAGCGACGGCUACGAGAGGAACAUAUACCGUGGAAUACUGGAUUACUGCCCACCUGAAGUCUUGACAGACCCUCGAUUUCACGCCGUCCCAGCGAAUGUCUGGUCUCUAGGAGUGCUGCUGUAUGAGAUGGUGAACGCAUGUUCUCCUUUUCAGGACAGAGCGGAAAUCGCACAAGCCAAAGUUACAUUUCAGAACUCCAGCUUAUCCAAAGAAUGCAGAGAUCUGAUUAGCCAGUGCCUAACCCGGGAUCCAACUAAACGGCCGACGUUAGAGCAGAUGUUACAACAUAGAUGGAUUAGAAAUGAUGUAGAUUGGAGAAGUUCAGGAGAUUCACUCCAUCAGUGAUUACAGGAAACAACAGACUUGCUGUCGUCGGUGGAGGGCUUGAACUCGAGAUUUGACUGAAGCCUGAAGUCCAACCCCAGCCUGACAGGAACUCAGAGCCGCCGCACCAGAGACUCAGAGCCUGUCCACGUCUGAGAAGAACACGAGAGACGACAAGACUGGAGAGAAUCGUCAAGUCAUUACAGACACAUGUGCUUCGUUCUAAAAUGUCAAGACGAGUCAUCUUUAUUUAUGACCAAUCUGUCUGUGACUGUAUAUGUAUAUAUGUAUAUAAAAUCUCUAUAUGACCCCUUUGAAUAAAUGUUUUUAGUUGCAUAAAUACUACAUGGUUGCAAGCUUCAGUGCAUUGUAGAGCCUGUCAUAACAAAACAUAAUCCUACAAUAAAUGAGACUAUAAAUGGACAAUAAUAAUAAUUUGGUGCACUAUCCACUAUUCAUGUAUUAGAAAGAUUUAGGUCAAUCUUGAAGCUUAUAGGAAUAGUUACCCAAAAACGCAAAGUUCUGU